GCGACUAGGCACUGUUCAAAGCGCCUGCUUCAUCACCGAGUAGCGCUGGCACUUGUGAAUUGAAGUGUGCGGCUUUGCAGCCGGGAAAGCGCUUUUAUUGGGCGUUGUCGUCACUGAGCUUUUUUUUUGUGUGUCCAUAUCCGGUUCAGGAAGAGAUGCCUUUGGCUGCUUCUCCUCGGCGAUUGCGCAAGGCGUCCCAAAUCAAGGCUUUGACUGCGGUGGCUCUGGCGGUGGUGGUCACGGCAACUUUAUGCGCCGGUACAGAAGUUGUACAAUGGCCCCAAGUGACAUCUUGCAUGACUGGAAAGCGUGGCUUUCGCCUCAGAGACUUCUCUAUCCAGGACUCAAAGGUGGGCCGCUACAUGCGUGUCAACUACACGGUCGACGUCCUCCGUGUGGGCGACCGCUCGCCGGUCGUGAAGUUUACCGUGCACAACUCCAUCGGGCUGCGAACUCCCUGCGUGGACGACUUCGGCUCCUGCACAUACAAGGCCUGUGGAGGCACGAAGUUGACCGAGCGUAUGAUCGGCGCUGGCUGGAACAAUAGUUGCGAGAACAUCCCGUUGGGCUCCUAUCAAUCGUCGAUACUUCUCAAGGUCAUCCCUGCUGUCCGGCUCGUAAUGGGGAACGGCACAUUCAACAUUCGGGUGGAGGGAAUCACUGAGAAAGGACGAGUUGAGUGCGUCUCUUUCGACAUCUUCAUCGAGGACUGAGCGAGAAUGUGGUCGGUCGAAGGAACGAGCGCUAUCGCCUUCGGCGUUUCCCUUGUAAGGCGUAAUGAAGUAAUGAAGCACCGCAGACACGUGACGGCCACUCAUUGACUUAAAAGCCGUAAAUCGCUAUUAAACCUGUUUUGUUGAGAAAUAUGGUUUCGGUUGCUUGAAUACGGGGUAACACCUUGCAAUCACAGAAAUGUACUGACGUGGCAUUCUCUAUCUGCCAAGGUACCGCAAUGGCUAUGAUAAUGUGUUGCUGAAUGCAAUAUCGCGGGUUUCAUCACGGCCGUGACCGCCGCAUUUUAUACAGUGAAAUGAGAAAAAACGCUUGUGUGCACCCGUGGGCAAAAGUAUGCGGACGAGGAACUGAACGAUAAAGCCGAUUCAUUUAUCUGCCUGUAAAUGCAACACAAAAUUAAUAACUGCAGCACAAACUUGGCAUUGCGAACUUUCCAGUGCACUUGUCAAUUUCAGGUUAUGCACGUUAAUUACGAAGAAAUUCAGUUUUUUCGGCGAC